AAAAGGAAGUAGAGGGCGCCAUUAUAGAAUUGAGUGUCUUCUUAAUGAUGGAAGUGUUCCUAUAUAAUUCUACAGUUUGUAGAUUAUGUGGUGAAGAAAAUGAUAAUGGGACUUUACUAUACACACAUGAAGAAAAUAAUCAAAACUUAAGCGAAAUCGUAAAUACCUAUUUACCAAUUAAGGUAUCUGACGAUGGACAUCUUCCUCGUACGAUAUGUCCUGGUUGUACAAUCCAGCUAGAAGCAACUGUAGAAUUUUUCAAUCUUAUCAUUAAUGGACAGAAAAUUAUCCGCGACCUACACCAAAGAGAAAAUGAAUAUAAGAAAAAUGUAUUAAACAGUGUAACUGAGUCUGAUGUAAUUGCUGAAAAAAUUGUAUACGAAAUAAGUACUGGUGAUGGAGUGUAUCAUGUUGAACAUCCCAUCAGUCUGCAAGUCGCAGGUUUGGACAAACCCAAAAGGAAACGUGGCAGACCCUCAAAGAAACUCAAAACCCCUGAAGAGCUGGCUCUUGAGGCGGCAGCAGCUGCUGCGGCUAAGGAACAAGAAGCAAAAAACAGGGCAGAAAACAAAGUACAUGAAGAUGAGACCAAUGGCAAGAGGAGAAGAAAAACUCCAACCAGAUUUAGAGAAGCUGUCCAGGGUAAAGAAUUGGAAAAGAUAUUCAUGGAAGAAGGUGUCAUUGAUAAAGAGGACAAAGAUUCAGAUGUGAAGUCAGAGAAUGAGAUGAAGAACAAAGCUGUAUGUAAAGAGGCAGAGAUUAUCGGUCAUGUGGCAACUUCAGGAGAACCUGUUGUCAUUGUUAAGGGAAAAGGGAGAGGCAGACCUAAAGGGGCAAAGCAACGGCCAAACCGUUCACAAUGUCCUAUCUGUGACUUGGAAUUCUGGUCCGUGGGCCGCUACAUGUCGCACGUGGCGGCGCACCACCCGCUCCAGUCGCACCUGCCGCACUUACAGCAGAACAAAUCUGAAAAUGGUAGCCCAGUUGAAGUUGAGAUUGAAACUGAACAGGCUGAGACUCCAGAAACAUUUGAUGAACAGCCAAACAGUGUAGAUUUUAAAAUCGCGAGCACAACAGAAACUAGUGACACAAAUGUUACCAACAGCGAUGGAAAAAUUGGUGAUGAUGCUGUCACCAGUGACCUGUUGGACGUAGACAACGAGGAGACCGUGGAGGCGAGCGGCAAGAAGAAGCUCAAGUGUAAAUACUGCGAUAAGCUGUUCAGCACGCGCCAGAGCAAGUCGCUGCACAUUAAGGCGGUGCACUUGGGCGAGCGGCCGUACGCGUGCAAGGAGUGCGGCGCCGCCUUCCCCUACCCGCAGGAGAUUGAAAAUGCCCAGUGUCACCUUGCACCGGAAGGGUCGCUCCGCAGAGUGCACGAGCUGGUGGCGGCGCAGCAGCUGGCGGUGGCGGAAGUGCUUGCCGCACGCGCCGCACACGUAGCGCUGCGCCGCGUGCACCGACUGCUUGUGGUACACCACCGACGACGGGUGGUUCAGGAUCUGCGGGCGACACCCAUAACACAUAAAACGGUACUGGUGUCGCGCAGGCUGAGCCGCAACCUGUCGGCCACGCCGGAGACGGGCGACACCGAGUCCACGCUCAGCGGGGACCACAUCCAGCUCGUCAUCGACAACGACCACGCUCAUAUUGAUAAGAGCCCGAAACAGAUGAGUCUGCUGGUGAGUGAGCGAGUGCAGUCCCCAGCUCUGGAGGUGACGCUGACCCCGGAGCAGCUGCGGCACCUGUGCGGCUCGCCGCAGCACCACCUGUGCGGCUCGCCGCAGCACCACCAGCCCCACCCCCCGGAAGAGGGGGAUGCCGAGGAGGACGCGGAUGCUGAUGGGGAUGAGGUCAUAUACGUCGCGUACGAUGUGGAUAGUGCCGAUUCGCCCGCCUUCCAGAUUAUUGAUGCGCACCAGGCAGUAAGCAUAGAUGAGGACAAGGUAGUGACCACGUGCGAGCUGUACCCCCGCUCGCCGCUGCACGAGCCGCAGGAGCCGCACGAGCAGCGCUUGCAGGUGCAGCUCGCGUCGCCGCCGCACGUGCAGCUACAUGAUAUCGUGCAACACCACGUGGAGGUGGUGCCGGAGCCGCAGCAGCGCGCGCCCAUCCAGUUCCGCAUGCAGGACGGCACGCUGCUCGCCGUCACCUCGCUCGACGGGGAGACGCUGCAGAUAGUAACACAAGAUGGGCAAACGAUACCGGUGGAGGUGAACACGUUCGACGGAGACGUUGUGGAAACCGUAACGUCGAGCGACUCGAUGGAGUCUCUGGCGCUGGCGGAGGCCGCUCCCCCCGCUGCCCCCGCCGCCCCCGCUCCGCCCGCCGCCCCCGCGUCCCCCGCUCCCCCCGCGUCCCCCGCAAGCUCGCACAUCGCUCACUACUUCACCAUCGUUUGAUCUGUUAUUUUACACACGAUUCACUUCAUUAUUUAUAUUUUAAACCAAUUAUUGUUAUUCUUAUAUCUAAAUCGUUAUUUUAUCCAUAAUUCUUCAGUGUUUUAACCUAAUGGUUGUUUUGAUUAGUUUUACUGUACGAUGCAUAAUUGUUACGAUUCGUUAUAGAUAGAUAUGUUAUAAGAUGCGGCAAUCGAGAGAUCUCUGUACGUUUAAGGAAAUAUUUAUAAGCGAAUGAUGCUAUAUAGCUUGUAUGUUACCAUGUUUGAAUGGAAAUGAUGAUUUAAUUUAUUUAAUAUUUUUAAUUAAUAAAGGUAAUUCUACGUAGCUAAUUAUUUCAAGUAAAUGUUUAAAAUUCAAUUAUUUUAAUCGUUAAUUUUAAAUAAUAAUUACCAGUUCUUAUUAAUUUAAUUAUUGAGGGUAGUAUUUAAAUUGUGUUGAGUCGAGAAUCUAAUCUGUGCUAUACAAAUACCCUGACUUUGCUCAUGUGAACCGGCUCCUACGCUGAUUUACGAAUUAUUGUGAUAAUAGAAAUACGAUAAUGUAAGAUGUGAUUACCAACAUAUAGUUAUUUGGUAACAAUACUCGACUGCUAAUAAGUAGUUGUUUGUAAUUGAGAUAAUAAAUUUAUUAUUAAUUUUU